UCUCUAACGUUCAUCAUAGGUUGGCUGGCUUGGGACCUGGAUGCAGGCAGGAUCGGUAGGCCAUUAUCUUUUUGCACGUUUCGUCGUUAUAUCAUCAGAUCUUCCACAGACAAGAACCCGCCAAUUGAUCGCUUACCUAUUCAUUGCCCUCGACGUCCCGAUUUACAAUCAAUCAUCUUCAGAUCUAGUAGAGGAUUCAUUUGGACGCCAUGAGUGCGGUGUUUGAAGGAUAUGAACGCCAAUACUGCGAGAUAUCUGCAAAUUUGUCUAAAAAGUGUACGUCCGCUAGUUUUCUUGAUGGAGAGCAAAAGAAGCAAAAGGUUUCUGAAAUACAAACAGGAUUGGAUGAAGCGGAGUCCCUGGUCCGAAAAAUGGACCUUGAGGCAAGAAGUUUGCAGCCUAAUGUAAAGGCUGUAUUGCUUUCAAAAUUGAGGGAAUACAAAUCUGAUCUGAACAAUUUGAAGAGUGAAGUCAAAAGGAUUACAUCAACUAACCUAAACCAAGCUGCAAGGGAUGAGUUGCUUGAAUCAGGGAUGGCUGAUGCUAUGACUGUAUCAGCUGAUCAAAGGACAAGGUUGUUGAUGUCAACGGAGAGGAUAAACAAGUCCAGUGACAGGGUCAGGGAUAGUAGAAGAACCAUGCUGGAGACAGAGGAGCUUGGUGUCUCUAUUCUUCAAGAUCUGCAUCAGCAGCGACAAUCUCUAUUGCAUGCCCAUAACACGCUUCAUGGAGUAGACGAUAACAUAAGCAGGAGCAAGAAAAUCUUGACAAACAUGUCAAGGAGAAUGAGCAGGAACAAGUGGAUUAUUGGCUCGAUCAUCCUUGUCCUUGUCCUUGCUAUUAUCUUGAUCUUAUACUUCAAACUUAAGAAGUAGAAACACCAUCUCUUUGGUAGUCACCCUUCUUGGCCCCAUUUAUUCUCGAUUUAAUCUUACUAGUCGAGUUUGUCUGUGUGACUUGUUGCAAUUUUAUCAUAUUAUUAAUUGAAAUUGAAACAGCUACUGUUUGUGGCCAUUGUGUGUGUUGUGGAAUGAAUAUUACAUGGAAGAUUGUGUAAUCAAAAAUAUUUAUUGAUGUUUAUGUU